GGGUUGGGCUGGACAACAGCACAAACAAUCUGCACAACUUUUUUUUACAUCCUGACUUCCUUCUACAGACAGCGUAUUGUACUUGUAUUCACAAAGAGGGAUAAAAGCUAAAGCCAUACGUGGAUUAAACAAAAUAAAGUGAAUAUGGCGACACUCGAACCAGCGCCUCGGAGGAUAUAUCAGCAAAGAUCUAGGCUCACAUCACUACCUUUAUAUUAUGAGGGUUUCUUGUGGAUUAAACGACCUAGAAGUAAGGAAGCAAAGUAUUGGACUGAACUACGAGGAACAAAACUAUUUCUUUAUAGUGAUAUAAAACAAGAAAAGUACACAGACAGCAUUGAAUUGAGAAACAUGUCAACCAUAAAUGAUGGACCUUCCAAUCAGAAACAGUGGGCAGAAGUUAUAUUGACCUUGGACAAGGAGGAAGUGAUCAUAAAGACGGAAAUUGCUGAAGAUGCUGAAGAGUGGAAAGGCUUUAUAUUGACCGUGGUUGAGCAAUCUGUUCCAAGCUGCUUGACUUUGUUACCCGGACAACUCAUUAGGCUAAAGGAAAUUCUAGAAAAGGAAACAGCCAGGAGAGCAGAAGAGGAAAAAAGUUCUGUGUCUUCACCCUCUAGACUUUCUGUGGAUAUGCCUGUCCCUGGAACCUAUGAAGAUUGUGAACAACCAAAUGAUCGAAAUGAAAUGCCUGUAUGCUUUUACAGUGUAACGCGCUCAGAAGCUGCAGAAAUGCUCAUGAAGGAAGAAGACAAUGGCAACCUAAUUCUGCGGCCUGGGGCAGACUGCAAGAACUAUGCUGUAACUAUUCGAGAGCCCUCUGAACAUAGCAGGUCCCAAGUCAAACAUUACAGGGUUCUUAAAACAGACCGUGGUUUCACUAUUGAACUGGACAAGCCUGUCACAUUAAACAGCCUUAAGGAUGUUGUGAAUCACUUUAUUACUGAAACCAGAGGAAAGUUGAAACCAUAUGGUUCAAACAUAUAUGACACAAAUAUUGAUUAUGCUGUUAAAGUGGAAACUAAGACCUCUCCUCAGUCUAAUGUAAGAAACUUAGCGAACCAAUUGUCUAUAGGCAGAUUUGUGCCAGCACAGCGUGGAAGGGAAAACGCCUAUGUGAAUGUAUUUCCAGGAAACUAGGAUUCGCAUGAAACACAUAUAGUUGGGGAAUUCUGAUCGUGUAUUACUAUGGACAAAGCCUUUGGACAACUGAUACAGAAAACAAACAAAUUCCCUUUUGUAUAGUUACAUACUCGUUUUUUUUUUUGAUUAAUAGAACAAAAACAGGAAAAUCAAAUGGGAAAAAACAAAAAGCUAUGAAAGCUGAUAACAUAAAUGAGCUCCGGUCACCUACAAACCGAUCUUCACACUUCCAGAAGGAUCUAAAAGCUCAUUGACAGCUGCUCCAGUUUAACAUACAUCUUUUGAGUAAUAUUGACUUUAGUAGGCAUUAGAAUACAAUGCUGUAGUUAUCUUUUACAUCUUUUUAAAAUGUUUUUAUCUACCAGUUGACAUGAUACUGUAUUAGAGCGUCUAGAAUUAACUUCCUCAUUUCAAACCAUGAUAUACUGUAUUUGGUUUACACUUUUGUGCUACAUCUGCAUAAACUUAUGUGAACAAAGUUCAUUUUUGAUGAUAAUGGCACUUUAGUACCUACAUAUAAUAAGCCACGUGCACCACCAGCAACACAUUUCUAGCCAUUGGUUUCCAGGUUGGAGAUGUGCUGCACCAUAAUAGGCCAAGUAGUAUGGCGUGCAACGUGAACUUCAGUUGCAAAUGUAAGCUUUUGUUUUCAGCUUGUGUGGUAUCGAGGAAUUAAACAAUAAAGCGGGCCUGUACUGAAAUGAUAA